AUGAUCUCAAAAGCUGAGAACAAUGAAUUGAAAUUUUCUAUUCGAAAUUUAAUUGAAACAACAACAUCAACAUGUGAAAAUAAAAAAGAAAAUCCAAUAAUAAAUCAUUCUUUAAAACGAAUUGUUAUUGAAUCUGAAUCAUCAUCAUCAUCAGCAGCAGCGAUUUCUCGUCCAAUACCAUUAGUUAAACCAAAAAUGACUCAUCCAUGUUGGUCAUUUUUAUCUCAAUUAACAAAUAAAAAUUCUAAUGGAAAUAUUCCAUUGAAUUCUUCAUUAAUAUUUCUAAGUAAAAUGAAUCAAGUUUGGCAACAAAUGCAACGAACACAAAUAUCACCAUCAAUAACAACAAUAACAAGUUCAACAACUGAAAAUGAUGAUAUAUCCGAUGAAGAUAUUUAUAUGGAUACAUCAUCAUCAUCUAUACGUCGUCGUCAUACUGAACUUGAUGAUGAUGAUGACGACGAUGAUGAAGAAAUAGAUGAUGAUGAUGAUGAUGAUGAUGAAGAAGGUGAAUGUUCAACUAGUACAGGUGAUGAUAAACAUAAUAGAACAUUGAACAGUGAAGAAAAUGAUAAACUGAAGAAUUACCCAUGUACACAAUGUGGCAAAGUAUUUACUGCUCAAUAUAAUUUAGUUCGACAUAUGCCAGUACAUACCGGCAUUCGUCCAUUUGUUUGCAAGAUAUGUGGUAAAGGUUUUCGACAAGCAUCAACACUUUGUCGUCAUAAAAUCAUUCAUACAUCUGAAAAACCACAUGCUUGUCGUAUUUGUGGUAAAGCAUUUAAUCGUUCAUCAACAUUAAAUACACAUAUGCGUAUACAUCAAAAUUUUAAACCAUGGAUUUGUGAAUUUUGUGGUAAAGGUUUUCAUCAAAAAGGUAAUUGGAAAAAUCAUAAAUUAACACAUUCAUCUAUAAAACAGUAUCAAUGUUCAAUAUGUUCAAAAGCAUUUCAUCAAAUAUAUAAUUUAAAAUUUCAUAUGUAUACACAUUCAGAAAUCAAACCAUAUUCAUGUAUGAUAUGUUCAAAAGGUUUUUGUCGAAAUUUUGAUUUAAAAAAACAUAUGAGAAAUGUUCAUGUAAGUAGUACAAGUACAAAUACAAGUGUGAAAAUAAAUACAAAUCAUUGUGGUGAAGAUGAUGAUGAUGAUGACGAUGAAGAUUGUCAUUGA